AUGUCCCAGCAGGUGGUGCCGUGGGUGGAGAAAUACCGCCCGCAGUCUAUGGCGGAAAUUGUCGGCAACGCCGACGCCGUUGCGCGGCUGCAGGUGAUCGCGAAUGAGGGCAAUCUGCCGAACCUGCUGCUUUGCGGCCCGCCGGGGACCGGUAAGACCACAAGUAUGCUCUGUCUGGCCCGCGCGCUGCUUAGCGACCAGGACGGCGGCGGCACAACCGCUCUUAAGGAGGCCGUGCUGGAGCUCAACGCUAGCGACGACCGCGGCCUGGACGUGGUGCGGGAGAAGAUAAAGCUAUUUGCCCAGACAAAGAAGACGCUGCCGCAGAAGGUCAACGCGAGCACGCGGCAGAAGAUCAACCUCCACAAGAUUGUGAUUCUGGACGAGGCGGACAGCAUGACGCCGGCGGCCCAGCAGGCUCUGCGUCGCACGAUGGAGCUACACUCCAGUACCACCCGCUUCGCCUUUGCCUGCAACAACAGCCACAAAAUCAUUGAGCCAAUUCAGUCGCGAUGCGCUGUGGUGCGCUUCAAGAAACUUACACACGCCGACAUAUUGAAGCGGAUCACGUACAUUAUUCAGCAGGAAAACGUCACUUACACGGAUGACGGGCUAGAAGCGUUGCUGUACCUUGCGGAGGGGGACCUUCGCUCGGCCGUGAACGCCCUUCAGGCGACCCACUCCGGCUACGGUAUGGUAAACGCGGAAAACGUUUUCAGGGUCUGCGACCAGCCCCACCCGCUGCUUGUGGAGAACAUCGUGGAAAGCUGCGUUCAGAAGCAGGAUCUGGUGGGCGCACACAAGGAGAUGCAGCGGCUACUGGGCCGCGGAUACGCGGCUUCGGACGUCAUCUCUACCUUUUUUAAGACGGCACAGAAUUUUAAGCUCUUCCGCAACGAGCAACAACAGCUGGCGGUGCUACGCAUCAUUGGGGAAACCACCAUGCGCAUUGCCGAGGGCGUGGGAACCCCGCUGCAGCUUGCCUCAAUGCUGGCUCGGAUCACCAUGGUCAGCGCAGAAUGA